AGACGAUUUCGCUGUUGAGUUUUAAUCAAAACUAGAGCAGAAAAGCCUGUCUCACACAAAUAAGUUGAAGAAAAAGGAGCUAGUAUUCGUAAAGCAAAAGAGGCAAGUGUCGAAUUAACAGGCAAUCUUUUGAUCCAAAAUUUCUCCAAUGUUUAAAGAUGGAAGUCAUCUUUCACGGACGAAUCAGCCUUCAUUUCUAAAAAUUCUUCCUGAACUUCUUCUGGGAUUGCUUAUCAUGUACCAUAUUGAUAACUCUGAAUUAAUGUCUCGAUAGUAUCGGCGCUUGCAAAUCAGUUUUUAUGUCAGCUUUUAAA